CCGUAAUCUAAUUUCGAGUCUGGCGUCGCGCCCGCCUCUGCGAUCUGCGCUUCUUACCAGCUUAUCAUUUUAUAACUGCGUAACUUGUUUAUCAGCACUCGAAAAAUGAAUAGAUUUUAAUCGCACACAACUUGUGUAUUAAGCAAUCAUGGAAACCAGUGAAUUAUCGCAUUUAAAUCAAGUGAAGAAUGAAACCGUCGAAAAUGGCAACAAACCGGAAAGAGUUUACACAUUCAGUGAAAAAUUCAAAAUGGUGGCGACAAACAUCACCGUGGAGCCGAUCAUGCUCUGCUACGAUAUUCCGCAUGUGGUGGCAUCCUUGGCAAUGCAACACUUAAAUCUUGAGAAAGCCUGUCGUGUUGAUCUCAAUUAUACAACAUCGAUUUGUGAUGCGAUGGCUGUGCACAACGAGACAGGUUAUGCCAAAGAAGACGAAGCCAUUGUGCAAAAAUACGUGGCAUCCGCAAUGGCAUAUCGUAGUAUCCUGCAAAGCGUCAUACCAACAAUCCUAGUUUUAUUCUUAGGAUCAUGGAGUGAUCGCCAUCAGAAACGUAAACCAUGUAUAAUCCUACCAUUAUUCGGAGAAGUUGUAUUAGUACUUGGAUUAGCAAUAAGCACAUACUUCUUUUAUGAAAUGCCAAUUAUCUACAAUGUGUUCAUCGAAGGACUGCCACCUGCUCUGACAGGAGGUGCUCAUUCAUUAGACAUGGCCGUUUUUGCUUAUAUCAGCAGUAUAACCACCUUGGAAGAACGCACAGUGCGUGUAGGCGCUGUGAAUUUAAUCAUUACCGUCGCUGGGACAAUUGGUUCGGCAAUUUGCGGUGUACUCUACUACAAACUUGGUUUUUACGGUUGUUAUGUAUUAACAAUAUCCGCGUACACCUUCGGAAUUUUUUACACCAUGAUACGCAUCAAAGAUACAAAAAUUGAUGAGGAAAUUACUAAUGAACCAAAAAAAUCUUUUUUGGUUGACUUUUUUAAUCCUGAAAUUGUCAAGGAUACCUUUCAGGUGGCGUUUAAAGAAGGUGAACGUAAUCGACGCAAACGAAUCUUAGCUAUUAUGUUGCUAGUUAUUGUUAUCGUCGGGCCUAUGAUUGGAGAACACAAUGUUUUAUACAUGUUUACAAGAUAUCGAUACGAAUGGGAUGAAAUUGACUAUAGUAUUUAUAAUACUUUUUAUGCAAUUGUCCAUAUAGCAGGUGGAAUUUUUUCAUUGAUGUUAUUCUCAAAAUACUUAAAAUUCGACGACGCCAUGCUUGGAAUGUUGUCCAGCACAAGUAAAAUCCUUGCAUCGCUAGUAUUCGCUUUUGCUCCAUCGCCUACAGUGUUCUAUAUCGGAGCAAUCGUGGAAAUGUUUAAUGGCUCAUCAUUUAUAGCCAUGCGUACAAUCAUCUCGAAGCUGGUACCAGCAAACGAGCUAGGGAAAAUUUAUUCGAUAUUCAGCGUGUGUGAAGCGAUAACUCCUUUGAUUUACGGUCCAAUGUACACAUCUAUUUACAAACUAACCAUUGAUGUUGUACCGGGCGUCAUACCAACAAUCCUAGUUUUAUUCUUAGGAUCAUGGAGUGAUCGCCAUCAGAAACGUAAACCAUGUAUAAUCCUACCAUUAUUCGGAGAAGUUGUAUUAGUACUUGGAUUAGCAAUAAGCACAUACUUCUUUUAUGAAAUGCCAAUUAUCUACAAUGUGUUCAUCGAAGGACUGCCACCUGCUCUGACAGGAGGUGCUCAUUCAUUAGACAUGGCCGUUUUUGCUUAUAUCAGCAGUAUAACCACCUUGGAAGAACGCACAGUGCGUGUAGGCGCUGUGAAUUUAAUCAUUACCGUCGCUGGGACAAUUGGUUCGGCAAUUUGUGGUGUACUCUACUACCAACUUGGUUUUUACGGUUGUUAUGUAUUAACAAUAUCCGCGUACACCUUCGGAAUUUUUUACACCAUGAUACGCAUCAAAGAUACAAAAAUUGAGGAGGAUAUUAACGCUGAACCAAAAAAAUCCUUUUUGGUUGAUUUUUUUAAUCCUGAAAUUGUCAAGGAUACCUUUCAGGUGGCGUUUAAAGAGGGUGAACGUAAUCGACGCAAACGUAUCUUAGCUAUUAUGAUACUAGUUGUGGUUAUUAUCGGGCCUAUGAUUGGAGAACAUAAUGUUUUGUAUAUGUUUACAAGAUAUCGAUAUGAAUGGGAUGAAAUUGACUAUAGUAUCUAUAAUACUUUUUAUGCAGUAGUCCAUAUAGCAGGAGGAAUUUUUUCAUUGAUGUUAUUCUCAAAAUACUUAAAAUUCGACGACGCCAUGUUGGGAAUGUUGUCCAGUACAAGUAAAAUUCUUGCAUCGCUAGUAUUCGCUUUUGCUCCAUCGCCUACAGUGUUCUAUAUUGGAGCAAUCGUGGAAUUGUUUAAUGGCACAUCAUUUAUAGCCAUGCGUACAAUCAUCUCGAAGCUGGUACCAGCAAACGAGCUAGGGAAAAUUUAUUCGAUAUUCAGCGUGUGUGAGGCGAUAACUCCUUUGAUUUACGGUCCAAUGUACACAUCUAUUUACAAACUAACCAUUGAUGUUGUACCGGGGGCCUUUUUCCUUGCUGGUGGCCUACUCACAAUACCAUCUGUUCUAAUAUUUUAUUGGUUACAUCUAGAAAAUCAACAUGAUAUUAAAACUGGUGCCAUUCCUAAAACUGAAGAUAGUAAAAAAGUUAAUACUACAGAAUUAACACCAAUUGCCAAUGAAAAAAGCAACUAAAUAAUAUAAUCAAAAUAAAAUCAUGUAAAAUGCUUUAACAACUUGGAUGUGGAUGAUGAUUCCCGGCACACUUUUCGAUGCGUCUCAAUACGAUUUGGAAAGAAAGUCCUGCCGCACUUUUCGCACGGAAUUAACUCGUUGAGAUGGUUUUCCCAAAUGCGAUGAAACGUGCCAACAAAAUCAACACCACCAGACGCUAACAAACAAAACAAACAGUUAUCAUUUACUACAAAAAAAAAAACCUAAAACAUGUUAUUAGUUUAUUAAUACCUUAUUAUUAUUAUUGUUUACUUAAAAUUUCAAGUUAAUGUUAUGAAAAAUAUAUAUUUUAAUCACCCGCUGAUAAAACUACAUACAAACACAACCGAAUCAAUUUUUUCGUCUUCGGAAACAAAAAAAAAGUCUUAUCGCUUCGACACCACAUACGAGUAUUAACCAGAUUACAUUCACAGCAAACUUAUUGUUUAAUUAACUGUUGUAUUAUGUAGUAUUAGUAUUAUUAGUUGUAGUAGUAAUAUUGCCUAUUUAUAAUAAACGUUAACGUCGUCUUA